GAGGAAAGGCGUGCGUCUGCUGCUCGGCGUGCCUGAUGUCGAUACUGAUCUUGAUACUGAAGCGAGGGAGCGCGCUGAGAGCAUUAUCCGGUCUAGAGGUGAGAGUUGGUCGUCGGGGAGUGUGAAGAAUGGCAUGAUUGGGGGAAGGGGAGCGGCGGAGAGAGGUUGAGCGGGUGACAUCGUCUGUAUCUUCGUCGUCGUCGUCGGCGUCGGCGUCGAGGUGGUGAGUGAGUGGUGGAUAAAGACGAAGAUGCAGCAAUAGAAAGAGCGGUGCGUGAAAGACGGAGAAUGAUCGAUAAUCAGAGGAGUAUUCUUCGGUCACAGAAUGAGCGAAAGUAACGAAUGAGAAAUCGCAGUCCUGCAACGAUUGAGUACACCAAAGUUGACAGUUUGUACCGCCAGCACUGGCAGUCGACGUCGGUGAAUGCAGACAAUUCAGAGCACAGCGUCGUCCACAGCAGCGAGAGCAGCGCCAACGGCAAGCAGCAAACAGCAAACAGAUUAUCCAAGCCAACAGUCAACGAAACAGUCAAGAAUAGAGAUAUACGGGCACUGCCCUCCCUUCCCUCUAUUACAAACUGAUGAAUGGAUACCGGUCGACCCGUGUGCGCUGCCUUCUGGUGCGAGGGCGCU